AUGUUGGGAAGAAUUCAAUCAUUCACUAGCUGUCUAGCUACUAAGACUAAUAUUUGGACUGCCAAGACUGUUUACUAUGGUAAGGUCGGUUUAGAAAUUUCUAAACAAGUAUAUGCAAAAGAAGGUUUACAACCACCAACCGUUGCUCAAUUUAAACAAGUUUAUAACAAUGCUUACAAGAAAGGUUUGGAAUAUGUAUAUGAACCAAAGAAAGUUGUUUCUUGUGCUCAAAAAUUGCAAAGAAAAGAUUUAGUUAAGUAUGGUGCGUUAGGUAUUCAAUUAUUAGGUUUCUAUUCUCUAGGUGAAAUCAUUGGUAGAAGACACUUGGUCGGCUACAAGUCUUACACAACUCAUCAUUAA